UCAAGAAUACACAGAGAGCAAGAAAAGCCAGAAGAAGAGGACUUCAGAGACUCUGACAGACUUUCAGAAAGCUGUGAUUUAUUUGACAAAUCAGUUGCUGAAAGUUCUCACCAUGAGAAUAAGUAUCUUGACAUUCAUGGUCCUUGGGGCCUGCACUUUAAGUGCAUGGUCAAACCCAGUUAAAUCCAAAUUUGUGUCCUUCCCCGGGGAUAUACUCAAAAACAUUACAGACAUACAGAUGGCUGAUAGCUACCUGGAGCGCUUCGGUUAUAAGAGGAUUCUGGAUAAGAGUGGACGACAGGGAGCAGUGUCGACUUAUAAAGCUCUGACAAGGUUACAGAAUCAGCUUGGUCUGGAAGAGACUGGUGAGCUGGACCAACCAACAAUCGAUGCCAUGAAGAAGCCACGCUGUGGUGUGCCAGACAUCCGCAACUACCAAACAUUUGAAGGAGACCUGAAGUGGGAUCACAAUGAAGUUACAUACAGGGUUCUGAACUACUCACCAGACUUAGACGGCGCUACUAUUGACGAUGCCUUCGCCCGAGCCUUCAAAGUGUGGAGUGAUGUCACACCCCUAACUUUCAAACGGCUCUAUGAUGGCACUGCUGAUAUCAUGAUCUCAUUUGGAAAAAAGGAUCAUGGAGAUCCCUACCCAUUUGAUGGGAAAGAUGGCUUGCUGGCACAUGCUUAUCCUCCAGGUGAAGGAGUGCAGGGAGACGCUCACUUUGAUGAUGAUGAAUACUGGACACUUGGCAAGGGACCCGCAAUCAAGACCUACUUCGGCAAUGCAGAAGGUGCACUGUGUAAUUUCCCAUUCCGGUUUGAGGGAAAGUCCUAUUCCACUUGUACCACUGAAGGUCGUGAAGAUGGCCUGCCAUGGUGUGCCACAACUGCUGAUUAUGACAAAGACAAGAAAUAUGGUUUCUGCCCAAGCGAGCUUCUGUACACAUUUGAUGGGAAUGCAGAUGGUGAACCUUGUACAUUUCCGUUUGUGUUUGAGGGGAAAACAUACACCAGUUGUACCACUGAGGGACGUGAUGAUGGGUAUCGCUGGUGUGCUACUACAUCCAGCUUCGACAAGGACAAAAAAUAUGGGUUCUGUCCUAACCGAGAUACUGCUGUGAUUGGUGGAAACUCUGAGGGGGAUCCGUGUCAGUUUCCUUUCAUCUUCCUGGGAAAGUCCUAUACUUCCUGCACAAGUGAAGGCCGUAGUGAUGGAAAACUCUGGUGCGCCACAACCAGCAACUAUGACAAGGACCAGAAAUGGGGAUUUUGCCCAGAUAAGGGAUACAGUCUGUUCCUGGUGGCAGCCCAUGAGUUUGGACAUGCUCUUGGUCUUGAUCAUUCCAACAUUCAGGAUGCUCUGAUGUACCCCAUGUACAAAUAUAUAGCUGACUUCUCUCUGCAUCAGGAUGACAUUGAGGGCAUCCAGUAUCUUUAUGGACCCAAAAAAGGCCCAAAGCCUACUCCACCCAAGCCAUCAACCACUACAGCAUCUACAAUUUCUACUGCCAAACCUACUAAAAAAACACCAAAGACGACUCCAUCUACAGCUUCCACCACAACUCCUGUGGACCCCUCAGUGGAUCCUUGCACGGUAGACAGAUUUGAUGUAAUCACAGAGAUCCAGGGAGAGCUUCACUUCUUCAAAGAUGGGUAUUACUGGACGUCCUCAAAUCGUGGUAACAAGGAACGCAAAGGCCCUUUCUUGGUCUCUGAGAGAUGGCCUGGUCUGCCAGCUAAGCUCGACACUGCUUUUGAGGACCCUACUACAAAACAAAUGUAUUUCUUUGCAGAAACUCAAUUCUGGGAGUUCACUGGAAAGAAUGUACGGGGACCACGCAGAAUUGAGAAACUUGGUUUGCCUGCCAACUUGGAAAAGGUUGAUGGAGCAUUGCAGAGGGGAAAGGGCAAGGUGCUGCUCUUUAGUGGGGAGAAUUACUGGAGGAUGGAUCUGAAGACUCAGCAGAUGGAUAAAGGGUAUCCACGUCACACAGACAUGACCUUCGGUGGGGUUCCAGUUGAUGCUCACGAUGUGUUCCUCUAUAACGGAAACUAUUACUUCUGUCGAAACAUCUACUACUGGAGAAUGACCAGCAGGAGACAGGUUGAUAGAGUUGGAUAUGUCUAUGAACUGCUGAACUGUCCCAACUACAAAUACCUGGAGCGCUUUGGUUAUAAGAGGAUUCUGGAUAAGAGUGGACGACAGGGAGCAGUGUCGAAUUCUAAAGCUCUGAGGAGGUUACAGAAUCAGCUUGGUCUGGAAGAGACUGGUGAGUUGGAUCAACCAACAAUCGAUGCCAUGAAGAAGCCACGCUGUGGUGUGCCAGACGUCCGCAACUACCAAACAUUUGCAGGAGACCUGAAGUGGGAUCACAAUGAUGUUACAUACAGGGUUCUGAACUACUCACCAGACUUAGACGGCGCUACUAUUGACGAUGCCUUCGCCCGAGCCUUCAAAGUGUGGAGUGAUGUCACACCCCUAACUUUCACACGGCUCUAUGAUGGCACUGCUGAUAUCAUGAUCUCAUUUGGAAAACAGGAUCAUGGAGAUCCCUACCCAUUUGAUGGGAAAGAUGGCUUGCUGGCACAUGCUUAUCCUCCAGGUGAAGGAGUGCAGGGAGACGCUCACUUUGAUGAUGAUGAAUACUGGACACUUGGCAAGGGACCCGCAAUCAAGACCUACUUUGGCAAUGCAGAAGGUGCACUGUGUAAUUUCCCAUUCCGGUUUGAGGGAAAGUCCUAUUCCACUUGUACCACUGAAGGUCGUGAAGAUGGCCUGCCAUGGUGUGCCACAACUGCUGAUUAUGACAAAGACAAGAAAUAUGGUUUCUGCCCAAGCGAGCUUCUGUACACAUUUGAUGGGAAUGCAGAUGGUGAACCUUGUACAUUUCCGUUUGUGUUUGAGGGGAAAACAUACACCAGUUGUACCACUGAGGGACGUGAUGAUGGGUAUCGCUGGUGUGCUACUACAUCCAGCUUCGACAAGGACAAAAAAUAUGGGUUCUGUCCUAACCGAGAUACUGCUGUGAUUGGUGGAAACUCUGAGGGGGAGCCAUGUCAGUUUCCUUUCAUCUUCCUGGAAAAGUCCUAUACUUCCUGCACAAGUGAAGGCCGUAGUGAUGGAAAACUCUGGUGCGCCACAACCAGCAACUAUGACAAGGACCAGAAAUGGGGAUUUUGCCCAGAUAAGGGAUACAGUCUGUUCCUGGUGGCAGCCCAUGAGUUUGGACAUGCUCUUGGUCUUGAUCAUUCCAACAUUCAGGAUGCUCUGAUGUACCCCAUGUACAAAUAUAUAGCUGACUUCUCUCUGCAUCAGGAUGACAUUGAGGGCAUCCAGUAUCUUUAUGGACCCAAAAAAGGCCCAAAGCCUACUCCACCCAAGCCAUCAACCACUACAGCAUCUCCAGUUUCUACUGGCAAUCCCACUAAAAAAACACCAAAGACGACUCCAUCUACAGCUUCCACCACAACUCCAUCUGUGUAUACGCCUGUGGACCCAUCAUUUGAUCCAUGCACGGUGGACAAAUUUGAUGCAAUCACAGAGAUCCAGGGAGAGCUUCACUUCUUCAAAGAUGGGUAUUACUGGACGUCCUCAAAUCGUGGUAACAAGGAACGCAAAGGCCCUUUCAUGGUCUCUGAGAGAUGGCCUGGUCUGCCAGCUAAGCUCGACACUGCUUUUGAGGACCCUAUUACAAAACAAAUGUACUUCUUUGCAGGAACUCAAUUCUGGGAGUUUACUGGAAAGGAUGUACGGGGACCACGCAGUAUUGAGAAACUUGGUUUGUCUGGCAGUUUAAAGAAGGUUGAAGGAGCAUUGCAGAGGGGAAAGGGCAAGGUGCUGCUUUUUAGUGGGGAGAAUUACUGGAGGCUGAAUCUGAAGUCUCAGAAGAUAUAUGACAGAUACCCACACCACACUGACAAAAAGUUUGGUGGGGUUCCAAUGGAUGCCCAUGAUGUGUUCCUCUAUAACGGGCACUAUUUCUUCUGUCGAGAGAUCUACUACUGGAGAAUGACCCGCAAACAUCAGUUAAAGAAACACUGUUGUGUCGUGCUGCCUGUCUCAGAUAAACAGGAACCGGUUCGCUGCAACAGGAAGCGAGGAAAUACUGAUGGCGCCCGACUAGAAAGCAGUAGCGAGGUUCGCUUACAAACGACUGUUUAUUUAAGAGCACCGAGGACUCGGAUCAAAGCUGAAGAGUAUUCAAGAACCGAGAUGGAUUCAGAGGACAUGGAGGUGGAGAGUAGCAGCGAUGUGGGGCAUUCAGGGAUGGAGGAGCCAUCUGAGAGCGGUAUGGCAAUGGAGUCAUCAGAAGCCAUGUCUGCAGACAGCAGUGACACGGCCACACUGCCUGCCCUCGCACCCGAGUCUGACUGCCAUGUUGGACAGAGCUCUGAGGGCCUUGUGGUUUUUAUCCCAGAGACCAGCUCCAGUACAGAUGUGCGUGGUGUCCAUCUCCCAGACUCCUCUUCUGUCGCACAGUCCACCAGUGUCUCCAGCGUGUCAACAGUCACCCAAUCAGUGUUGGUGUCUGAGUCACCUCAGGUCCUCGUGCACUCCAGUGCUGUAUCUGAAGGAGGGAUGGUGUCUGAUUCAACAGCCUCCACCUCCUCAGAUCUAGGCUCUGCCAUUGACAAAAUAAUUGAGUCCACCAUUGGACCUGAUAUAAUGAAUGGAUGUAUUGCAGUGACAAGUGCAGAUGACAAUGCAGAGACCACUCAGUAUCUGAUCCUGCAAGGACCUGAUGAUGGAGCUCCCAUGGUUGCACAGAUGUCUUCCUUGGCACGAUGUAGUCGCCUCACUAUUGAAGCCUUGUCAGACGGACCUACCUCCACCUGCUUAGAUCAAGCCGACCUAUCAGGGAUAUCAGAAAGCCUGCAGCCUGACCAGCCGGGCCACUCCGACUACUGUGAGCAUGAGGACGGUAGCAGCAGCAGCAGCAGCAGCAUUAGUCGGCCAGAUCCCGAUCAGACAGGUGAUCCAGGUCAGUCCCAGUUUGAAGACUAUGGUGUGGAUGAAUCAGAGGAACCGCUGAGAGGCUACGUGGCUGAGUGCAGCGGCGCAGUUGAAUGUAGCGACAGCAGCAGUGUGGAUGAUGGCACCGUGCGGCACUCACUAGCUGACACAGCUGGAUCACAUCUCCGAGUUCAGAUGGAAUGCAGCGAAAGCCAAGCUGGGCCGUACAUCAGCAGCAGUGGUACUUACUCCACCCUUCCAGAGCCCGAGGCAGCACCCAGGGAGGAUGAUGGAGGAGUAGUGGAGUCCGGAGUGGCAGCAGGGCCAGGGGACAGGGCUCCUGACUUGGCUGAGCUUGAAGAAAUGAUGGAGGUGGUCAUUGUGCAACAGUUCAAAUGCAAGAUGUGUCCAUAUAAGAGUGUUUCUAAAGACACCCUCAUCAAUCACAUGAGAGAUCGGCACUUCAAACCUGCAGGUGAACCUCCUAAAAAGCGAGGACGUGGAAGACCUAGAAAGUCUGAGACACUGGCACAGCUGGAGGCAAAGACGAAGAAAGAACUGCCAGAGGAAGACGAAGAUGACAUCAUAGACGCCGGUGCCAUUGAUGAUCCUGAAGAGGACAGUGACUAUAAUCCAGCAGAUGAACAGCUGAGAGCCAGACCACCUACACAACGACCAGCUCCUGCCUCCUGCUCUUCCUCUUUCUCCUCUAACUCAUUGAAGCGACCUCGCAGGAUGGUGGGCCCGCCACGUAAAUUUCUCUUCCCCCAAAGUUACACAGCAACAGCAGUCUCAGCGUCUCAGUCAAGCACUGAAACAGACUCCCAGGCUCCUGAAGAGGCUAGUUCCUCUGGCCUAGAGAACGGAUCCGUCUCAAUAUCUAAUGGCUGUGCUGCAGAACAAGGUGUCAGCCAGUCAGAUUCAGAAAACAAAGACCCCUCAUCAAACAACGGCCCUGACGACGAGGAGUUCUUCCCACGGAAGCGCGGGCGACCAUCAAGGCGUUUUCUACGCAACAAAUACAAAAAAUAUAUUAACAGAAACAAGUACUACAAAACCCUCAAGCCUCUGCUGAGACCUCAUAACUGCUGGAUCUGUGGGUCACGCUUUCUGUCUCAAGAGGACCUCCGGUUUCAUGUGGAUUCUCACGAGGGCAACGAUCCAGAACAGUUCAAGUGUCAGCAGUGCAGUUACCGCUGUAAACGUUGGUCCUCACUUAAGGAGCAUAUGUUCAACCACCAGGGUACCAAACCAUUUAAGUGUGAGGUCUGUGACUAUUCCAGUGUCUACAAGAAGGACGUUAUCCGACAUUCUGCAGUGCACAACAAAGAGAAGAGUAAAAAGACAGGCCUGAUUCCAAAGGUGUCCGAGUUCCCGUGUCCGAUCUGCCAUCGUGUUUAUCCCAUGCAGAAACGCCUAACGCAGCACAUGAAGACACACAGCUCUGAAAAACCACACAUGUGUGAUAAGUGUGGAAAGUCUUUCAAGAAACGUUAUACAUUCAAAAUGCAUCUGCUCACACAUAUCCAUAACUGCGGAAACAGCUUGUUUAAAUGUGAGUUCUGUGAGGUCACUUGUAGUGAUAAAAAGCAACUUCUAAACCACCAACUGUCUCACACCAAUGACAAGCCUUUCAAAUGUGACUACUGCAAGUACUCCACAAGCAAAGAGGACUUUCUGGUGUCUCACAUAGCUAUCAAACACACUGGAGAGAAGCCGUUCUGCUGUAACAUGUGCCACUUCAUGACCAAACACAAGAAGAACCUGCGGCUGCACAUGCAGUGCCGUCACCCUGAAGCCUUCGAAAAGUGGUGUGAGUCUAACCCUGAGGAGCCAGUGAGGAGGCGCAGGAAACCGUUUUUCACUCUGCAACAGAUAGAAGCACUCAAACAACAGCACGAGAGCCAGACACUAGGGAGCACUAUUGUAACUGUGGAUCCUUUAACACUUCAGACUAUGGAGCCAAUGGGGAGUGCAUCUGUGUCCCAGGAUGCACUGGGAAACACCACCAUCAUUUAUGAACAAGCCGAGUCAUCAGAUCUGUCGGCCCAGAAUGCACUGGACCUGCUCCUGAACAUGAGCAACGCACGAGAGUUAGUUGGAAAUUCACUCCAGGUAGCUGUCCUGAAAUCAGAUGGUAAGACAUUGGAGGCAGGUUCUUGGGUCACAGCAGAAUCAGAAGGUCAAGACACAUCCCUACAACCACAGAACGUGGUGACCUAUCAUGUGUCUGAGAAUGGUGAGACCCUCGUGCAGGAGGCGCUGACUCAGGAGGAGGCAGCAGAAGGAGAGCAGGAAUUUGCACAGAUUGCCAUCAGCGCUUACGAGACCGCCAGAGAGUUUAGUGUGGUGGAACAGUCUGCUGAGGAGAUUCACAACACUGCCACAACUUAUAGUGUGGAGGAGAGUGUAGCUGAUCAUCAGACAGUGGAAGUAAGCAGUGAGACUGUGUCUCUCUCUACAUCUUUGAAAGAACACAAAGACAAGUUCUACCUGAGCUCCAGUUUGACUGAUGGUGUGCUUCAGCAAGUGGAGCUGAGUAGUGAAGCCCCAGGUUCUCCAGCCCAAAGCUCAUCUCCCCAACCCCAGCAGCUCAACACCAAGCGUUUCUGCUGUCGGGUCUGCAUGGAGACGUUUCACGGACGUUCCGACAUGGAGAACCACAAGAGGGCACACGUGGACCCCAACACGUUCAAAUGUCCUGAUUGUGAAUUCACUGCUACAUCCUGGCCAGAGGUUAAGACCCACAUGUCUAUGCAUGCCUACCUUCGGCCUCAUAAAUGCCCAAACUGCAGUUUUGCCUCCAAAAACAAGAAGGACCUGCGGCGCCAUAUGAUGACACACACCAAUGAGAAGCCUUUCUCAUGUGAUGUCUGUGGACAGAGGUUUAACCGGAAUGGCCAUCUGAAGUUCCACAUGGAGAGGCUACACACGCAAGACCCUCUGCCUCGCAAGCCCAGGGCCAAUAGCUCUCAGCAGACCAUUAUAGUGAACAGUGAUGAGGAGGCCUUGGCUACACUGCAGACAUUACAGGCAGGUCAGACUGUGAUUAGUCCUGAGCAGCUGCAGCAGGCUUUAGGACAGGAGCACAUAAUAGUGGCCCAGGAACAACCUCUCUCUGACCAGGAGGACACUGCAUACAUUCAGCAGAUAACUACAUUAGACGGCCAGACAGUGCAACACUUAAUGACGGCGGAUAAUCAGGUGGCAGAGGUCCAAUAUAUCAUCUCGCAGGACAGUGUGCAACACCUGAUCCCACAAGAAUAUGUUGUUGUAUCGGAUGGCAACCACAUUCAGAUGGAGGAUGGUCAGAUCGCUCAUAUUCAGUACGAGCAUGAUGGGACACUCCUACAGGAACAGCAGAUCGCUGUGACUCACAAUGGACAAAUCCAGUACUUCCCUAUCAGCACUGAGCAACAGAUAGUGAGCCCAGAGGAUCUGGAAGCCGCUGCUCACUCUGCUGUCACCGCUGUAGCUGAUGCAGCCAUGGCCCAAGGUCAGACAGUCUACACCACAGAAGCCACACCUGAACAGCUGGAGCAGAUGCAGCAGCAAGGCAUCCAGUACGAUGUCAUCACAUUUACAGGGGAAUCUAUAAAUCCAACAAAAGGACAAGUACAUCUGGAGUUGACUGGAGAAAUGCUUCUUAGAUUUGUGUAUCAUCCAAAUUACAAUUACUAUGAGAAGUCCUGUUGUAAGUUUACUAGCAAUGGGUGUAUCAUUUUUGUGACUAGCAACGGAUAUGUACACAAUGCUUACAAAGGAAGAAUAGAAACCUACAAAUACUCUGGAACGUUUGAUGUACGAAUCUGGAAUGUGCGUGUAAAGGAUGCUGGGAUAUACAGAUGUGAAAUCCGUGAGGCACAAAAAUACCAGGAUUUUCAAGUUGUAUUUGAGAGAAAGACUGAACUGAACCCAAUACUCGCAUUUCCAAAAACGACUAUCUCACCAGUCAGUUCAGCACUUAACCUCUUAGAGAAACACCAAGAGAUAUCUAGUGCUAAAUGGAGCUUGAAAUUCACACUGGGAACCAUUUUUGGUGGCUUGAUAAUCAUUCUCAUUAUGUCCGUCUCACUGAUCGUGGUCUACUUUAAAAAGAAAUCAAGAGCUAAAUGUGGUAGAAGCUUCCCUAGUGCGUCCAGCGUCAUACAACAGCUCCCUCAGGAGCUCAUCUACACCACAGUGGAUUUCAAGCUCCAUCAAAAAACAUCCAACAUAUAUGCCAACCUGGACAUCCAAGCAUCAGGACCUGGUUCAGGCAAUGCACUGAAAGCACAGGACACUGUAGAGUAUGCUACAAUAGCAGGGGUUUUAUGAUUAAUCAAAAUAAUC